CUAAUUAAAGUCUGAAUGUUGGAGAAGAUGGAGAAAAUGGGAACUCUAGCCUCCUCAAGCUCUAAACCACAUUUUUUUCAACCCAUCCAUCCUGAUUGUUCAUCAGCAGAUCAGCUUGCAAUACCAAAAGCAUUUCAAGUAGACUACUUAGUUGACAGAGAAGAUAGUGAAGGGGUAGCGACUUUGAAGAGUCCACUGAAAUCAUGGAAAGUGAAGCUGAAUGACUUUAAGUUCACAGAUGGUUGGCCAGAAUUUUACAAGGCUCAUCAACUAAGUACUGGGUAUUUUCUUGCGUUUCAAUAUCAAGGUCCUGAUUUGAUUUUUCGAGUUUGGGUUUUCGACUUGAGUUACUGUCAAGUUGAGUAUCCAGUGAUGUCUGAGGGUGAAGAUGAAAAUGAAAUGCACUGUGGUGAAACGGGUAUUGAGGGAAUGGAUAGAGCUGAAAGUAUAGGUACUAGUAAAGGCAAAGACGAAAGCAAAAGCAAAGGCCAAGGCCAAGUCAGGCAGGAAGAAACAUCUUCUGAUGAUUCUGAGGGUAAUCUAAUUAAACACUGA